AUCACAUUCAUAUUCACCAACUUCUUCGUGUACUUCACUCUUCAUUUAUGACAUGACGCAGACCGUCAACGUAGUUUUGAUGUGAAAUGCUACCAGCUACGACUGGCAGAUUCCUUGUCAUUGGCUCAUUCAUUUUUGUGGUUACCGUUGAAGGUGAUGGUGGAUGUAGAGCACUUGAAUUUCUUCCCUGUUGGCAAGACUACACCUUCAUCAAUCACGUGAUCAAGUUCUUCAAAAUUCUAGCUCCCGGAAUAGAGGAAUGUCAGCACCAAUGUUUUAUCGAAAACAAAUGUAUUUCGUACAACUUGGGUCCUAUAGAAGGAAUAUCAAGAACAUGUGAGUUGAACGAGGYUGAUCACUGGACCCGACCUGGCCAGGAGGUACCCAAAGAUGGUUUUCAAUACUGUCCUAUCAAGAGUCCCUGUUCUUCCAACCCAUGUCCGGCUGACAGGAUGUGUAGACCUGACUUCUCAUGGGACACAUUCAGCUGUGAUGAUGGAGGUUGGACGUCAUGGAGUCCUUGGACUAACUGUAACCCAUCAGUCUGUCCGUACACACGUAAGAGAACCUGCACAAACCCAGCCCCUCAGAAUGAUGGAGCCAACUGUACUGGACCAGGAAUGGAGACAAAGAACUGCUUUAUACCAGUCCCAGCUCCAGACGGUUGUGAUAUUCCAUUCGGGAUGGCAAAUGGAAAUAUUYCUGACUCACAGAUAACAGCAUCAUCGUACUUUAUAAACCCUGAAAGACACCCAGACAUUUAUCUACCAUCAAGAGCGCGGCUAAAUGGUACUUCUGCCGAACCUGACCGCGAAGGGGCAUGGGUACCAAACACUAAGUCUGUAGGGGAAUAUCUACAGAUUGAUCUUGGCAGCGUUAAGAUGAUUACUGGAGUCGCCACACAAGGAAGACAAAGUUGGCCACAGUGGGUAACUGAGUAUAAAAUAUCUUACUCAAAAGAUAAUAGUAGCUGGAUAGACUACGAAGGAGACUGUAAUGAGAAAUUUCGUGGAAACAAAGACAAAGACACUAUAGUAAAGAAUAAGUUUGCCAUACCGAUUGUGGCUMGACACAUUCGUAUUCUUCCACAAGAAUGGGAUGGGAAUAUUGCUCUGAGAACAGAGGUGUAUGGCUGUUCAAUAUAAUGCAAGACUAGUAAAACAGUAGAUAAGGACCUACAUUUUUGUUAUGUUACUGUUUCUUUCAUAACUUUAUUUUCAGCCUACGACCCUUUUUGGUUCCUUAGAGAAACAGAUAACAGAGAGAAAAGUAUUCUUUUUUUAAUUAAGCUCUGCUUGUCUAAAGCAACGGGUAUAGAUAAGAUAUAAGCUAGAAUCAUWAGAGAAUGUGCCGAUCUUAUUUCUUUCGCCAUUUGUAAGAUCUUUAAUAGUUCAUAGCUCAAUAUCAGUGAUCUCUGUUGUGGCCAGGUUUUUCGAAAGGAUAGUGUAUGAUCAAUUGCAUUUAUUUCUAUCUGUUAAUCGUAUAAUAUCUGAAUGCCAAUCUGGCUUUCGCUCUUCACUCGACUCUUAUAGCACUGAUAGAAGCCACCGAUAGUUGGGCAUAUAAUAUCGACGGUGGCAACUUCAAUGCCGUAGUAUUUUGGGAUCUCAAAAAGGUAUUUGACACAGUCGACCACGAAAUUCUUUUAGCAAAGCUAUUUACCUAUGGAAUGCAAAAAAAAAAAAAAAAAAAAAAAAAAAAAAAAAAAAAAAAUUACCGGGAUAACCGCAAACAGAAAUGUACUAUUAAAUCCAUGCGGUGUACCUCAAGGAACAAUUUGAGGCCCCUUGUUAUUCUUAUUAUAUAUAAAUGAUUUACCAAACUGUCUACUACAUUCUCUACCUACUACCUAGAAUGUAUGCAGACGACACAAGUUUGACAUAGCUAGACUGCUGAUUAUGAUCCAAACUCGAUUCAAAAAUGUCUUAAUGUAGAUUUGGAUAAAAUCAGCGCUUGGUUGUCUGCCAACAAACUUAUAUACACUCAACAUGACAAAAACCGAAUUCAUGUUAAUAAGCUGAACACUGUUGCUAAUAUGCCAAUUCUGAAAAUUAACGAGGCUCCAAUCAAACAAGUAAGUACAACUAAAUCAAUUGGAAUAAUUUUAGACAACCAUGUAACUUUGCAUGAACGAAUUGAGAGAAUUGUGUAAGGAAAUUGCAUCAGGUAUUGAGCACGGAUAAGACAAUUUGUACCAUGAA